AUGGCUCCAAUACGCCGAUUCCUUAUCACUGACGAGAUUGGCAAACAAGGCGGUGCCGUUGUGAAUUCCUUGGUUGAGUACCGUUCCAAGCUCCCAUCGGACCAAAAAUUUGAGAUCUUAUGUCUCACGCCCAACGCCACUUCCGAAAAGGCCGUCUCUCUUGCCUCUACUGACGGCGUGACAAUCGUCGUUGGCAACCUCUUCUUCCCCCUCUCCGCUUUAGACAAAGCCGUGCCUAUCGAUGCCGUCUUCUGCAUGACCUGCCCCAGCGAUCUUGGCGACGAAGAAAAGCAAGCCACUGCCCUCAUCGACGCCUGCCUUACCCAUGAAGUCAAGCACUUCGUCUUCAGAAGCGUGGACCGUGGUGGUGUAGAGCUCAGCGAAACGAAUCCCACGGAUAUCCCAAAUUUUAGAAGUAAGCACAAUGUCGAGAAAUACCUAAAGGAGAAAUGCGCGGAGUCGCAGAUGACCUGGACCAUCCUCCGGCCUGUGGCCUUCAUGGAUAACAUGAUGCCAAACAUGACAGGAAAAGCAUUCGCAGCCAUUUGGGCGCAGAUCGGUGAGAAGCCGUUGCAGCUCGUGUCAGCAAGGGAUAUUGGGCAUUUUGGUGCCCUGGCGCUGGUGAAUCCGGAGGAGUAUGUGGGACGCGCGGUUGGGCUAGCGGGGGAUGAGCUGAAUUUUGAGAAGGCUCAAAGGGUGUUUAGAGAGACAAUAGGAUAUGAGAUGCCGCGGACAUGGGCAUUUGUGGCGAGUUUAAUCAAGUUUGCGAUACCAGAGAUGGGCUUGAUGUUUAAGUGGUUACAGGAAGAGGGGUACGCAGUUGAUAUCAACGAGUUAAGGGAGGAGUAUCCGGAGCUGCAGGACUUUGGAACUUGGUUGAGGGAUGAUAGUCAGCAUGAGCUAGGUCUUCCAUCUUAG